UUGGUCAAUCCCCGCAGCACCGCUUAUAUUUUCGGACAGAGGAAGUACGCAUCACUCAAAUGCUCUCUAAUUUUUAGGGCUGGAUUCGAUAGUCAGCUCUGGCCUCUGUCAAGAUGAUUGAAAUCAAAGAUAUUGAUCCAGUGUCAGUGUGGUCCGAAAAACAAAUUAGUUUGUUCAGCUCAGUGAAUGGUCAUGCCGUGAACGUACUCGCCAACAGUCAAAUGUGUAUAGAUCAAUCGUGUUCAGCGUUGCACGCUCUUAAAGUUGUUCAGCGCCUGCAGAGCGAAUAUCGGCUUGAUGAUCGACAAAUUGUAUCGAAUACCUAAAUUUUUCAGAACUAAAGUAUUAUAUAUGUUAUGAAGUGGCCGGAAUUACGCUAAUCAGUGUCGUAGUGUUUGAUUAAUCCGUAUGGUCUGUCAACGAGUCAAUGUUUUGCUCAAAGCGUUAGCUCUACUUGUGAUGGAACCAGCUACUUCGUAUAUCAAAUGCAUAUAUCAGUUUAUUGUUUGUUUUGUCCAUCGUGUUUGACCCUC